GCGUCGAUAUCCAAAAUGGCGGACGUGAUUGAAAAUUCGCCUGCUUUGGAUGUCAAUCUUGAUGAAGAAAAUUAUUUCGAAGAUUCCUGUCACAUCGAUACUCCCGUGACUGGAAAAACGAUAUUUUGCGGCUCGUCCAAAGAAGAUGUGGAGUACGCCAAAGUCUUCUGGAAGUCCAUAACUCUUCAGCCGCCGAUGGAAUCUCGGCUUGUGUCCGGAGACACCCGGCAGAGACUGAAAGUCGCCAGUGCUUCGUUUCAACCCAAAAACUUUGCCCAUGAGCCGGUGCCAGAUUCACCCAGAUUAACACAGUUUCUAGAGGAGGCACACAGGCAAGAACACGUGGAAGAGACAGAGAAACGAAGACAGCUUAGUAUCAAGAAGGAACAACAACAACUACUUCUUCAGAAACAGAGAGAGGAAAGAAUGCAGAGAGAAGAAAUAUUGAGAGGUCACAAGCCAAGGCAAAGAACAGAGCUCAUACACUUACCUACCAGCAGUGAUGAGGAACAAGAGGAAGACCCCAUGUUGGAGCUGGACAAAUUCGAACAGGCAAAAGGCCUUCAGGACUUAGACUCUGACUAGUGUCAAGAAUCGAUAUUACUAGAUAGGCUUUUUUUGUUAAAUGCUAUUAUAAUUUGGCUUUCACCAGUUGUUGCUUUACCCAAUUUAGAACUUUUUUUAGAAUCAAGAUUAUGCAAUCAUCUUGAUAUAGAUUUCAAAUACAGUACUAGUAACUGUAUGUUUGUUGCUACAUUUGUACUGUUGUUAUUUUGAAUUUGCCUACCUUUUUCAAAGAUGAGUAGAUUAAGGUUUAAACCGUAAAAACCAUCUAUCAUUCCACUUUGUCU